AUGGAAGUCAUAGAUUGGGAAUGUUCCAGUGCAUUUCCAAUUGAGUGCUUAUGCAUUUACCUGAUAUGGAUAACUGAAAAUCCUACUAUAGAACCAGAUAACAAAGUAUUAAAGGACAAUAUAAUACUACAAAAGUUCUUUCAUGAUAAAAUGUCUCACCAAGAUUCUAAUUUUAUUUGUAUAAUUGACAAUGUAGAUGAAGAAAAAAAAGAAUUUUAUUCUGCAGUGUUUAGUCAAGAAAUAUGGAAAUUAGAUAAUUUUUUGGAUAAAUUUGGGCAUGAUAU